AGCAGAGUUGAGAGUAUAGAAUGGGGGCAAUUCGAGAUAAUGAUGGGAAUGUCGUUGGUACCAUGUUAUGCGAGGGCCCAAAUAGCCUCUCCAUCAUGGAAAUUGAAGCAUUUAGUGUUAGGGCAGCUUUGCAGUGUGCAAUGGAUCUGCAUCUAGAAAGGCAAACACUCUACGAACAAAAUAGUCAUCCAUUCCUCAUAGCCACCUUUGUAAGUUGCAGGAUUCAGAAUGUAUGGAGGAUUCAGGAUGUAAAAGGAACGGGAAAUCGUUAUGCACACGAACUUGGUCGGAGACACUAGAUACUGAGGUGGAAAAAUGCUUCCUGAAACCUUUAAUGAUACAGGAACUUGUAAUGAAUGAUAAGCAGCAAAUGUAAUCUUUUACUUUUGUGUAGCACUGAAUGAAUAAUAAAUGAGGCAUUGACAA